UUUUAUAAAAAUCUUAUAUAACAUUGUAAGAGCGGAAAUUUGUAUGGAAAAAGAUUGUUAGGCUAUAAUUUGCCAUGGAAGAAACAAAAUCCCCCAAAAAUGGAACUCAUCCAGGUUUACCAAUGGCUAGGAUCAAAGUCAUCAUGAAAAGUUCACCAGAUGUCGAACAUAUUAGUCCCACAGCGUUGUAUGCGAUGACCAAAGCAACGGAAUUAUUUGUAUCUCAUCUUACAACAGAAGCCUAUGAGAAAAACACUAGCAUGUUUUCUGUUGAUUACAAAAGCUUGGCUGAUGUAGUUAACAAUGACGAGACCCUUGAGUUUCUACAAGAGGUGGUACCGCACAAAAUCACAGUCCGAGAUUAUUUGCUCAUGACAAAAAAACAAAACAUUUCUGAUGACGAUCAUAGUGACAACAAAAGCAGCGAAUGAUUACUGACAUGUCGCUUAGACUUUACAACUUCUUCUAUGCUGGAAAGAGCUGGGAUUUCUCGAUGUGUUAUUUGCAACUAAGAACUAAGAUGUGGACUAUGUUGGGAUAACUGCUAAACAGCCAUAACUAUUCACACUGUGUUAACAUGGCAUGCAGAUAAACCAAUAAUUGGUCAAAUGCAAGAUAGUUCUUUUAGUGCCAAAGUAUUCAAUUCAAGUCGUAUACUAUUACUUCAAAGCCUUACAUUCCUCGUUCUAAUUUUUCCUAAAUCUCUCAUUUCUAAAAAAUACAUGAAUCUAGACCUGCUGA